AUGCUGCGUGGCAGCAGGUCUAGCAGCAGCAGCAACAGCAGCAGCAGCAGCAGCAGCAGCAGCUCAGCAGCAGAUGAAGAACAGGAGCAACGCCGGGUGCAGCUGCCGCAGCGGGCUCGCCACGGCAGCGUGGGUGAGGCGCGUCGCCGUUCGUGUGUCUCAGCAGCAGCAGCAGCAGCAGCAGCACCAGCCUCUGCCUCCACCUCCACCACCACCACCAGCAGCAGCAGCAGCAGCAGCAGCAGCUGUGCUGCUGCAGCAGACCCCACAACAGAAGAUGUAAUACAUCUGCUUUCUGGGGCUCUGAUGCCCCGCGACGCCUUCGCUCUCUCGGGUGUAUGGACAGUUGAACUUCAGGUGUACUGGCAGGAGGAUGCAUGCGGCAGGGCCCUAGAUGCAGCAACAGGCCGGGUGUUGCCUGUGCGGGGCCCCUCACGUUCAUACGCCAGCAGCAGCAGCGAUGCUAGAAGCGGGAAGAACAGCAGCAGCAGCAGCAGCAACAGAGGAGGCAGCAGCAGCAGCAGCAGCACAAACAGCCCCAGCGCGCAUGCAGUUGUCGUUUGCGGACCUGAAGUUGGGCUCGUCCCCGUGGCGUAUGGUUUCCCAUCAAAGAACAGAAACAGCAGCAGCAGCAGCAGCAGCAGCAGCAACAGCAGCAGCAGCAGCAGCAGCAGCAGCAGCGAGGAGGGAUCGUCGCCUCCCGCAGGCAAGCGUGUGGGGCAGGAGGAGAGCUCCCCCCUCAUCCCUCCCCCCAGCGACCGCUUUUUCCUUGUCUCUUGCCGAACAGACCUGGUGCGAGACCCGCAGCAGCAGCAGCAGCAGCAGCAGCAGCAGCAGGAGGAACAGCAGCAGCAGCAGCAGCAGCAGCAGAAAGCGUGUGAGCUUUUGCCUGUGCGUGAGGAUCAGGCUCUGGCUGAGGAGGAGGCUGAGGAGGAGACAGAAAGCCCCCUCAUAGAAGAAGUAAACAAAGUCGAGCUGCUGCUGCUGCAUGCAUAUACAGCAGCAGAUACAAUGCCUUUCUGCUGCUCCCCAUGGCCGCCAGAGGACCGCAUGCAUCAGCUGUCUGUACACCCCAUCAGACCCCUAGGAACCAGAAUAAAACCAAAGGUUCAUCUUCACCUGCUGCGUAAGCUUGCGGGCUGCAGCAGGCAGCAUCAGGCGCAGCAAGCGCGGCGGCAGCAGCGGCAGCAGCAACAGCAGCAGCAGCAACAACAGCAACAGCAGCAGCAACAACAACAGCAACAGCAACAACAAACACCACGCAGAGACCUCACAAGGACAAUGCUCUCGCUGCUAGACCGUGUGGGGGGCCUGACGACACCUCGCGCCUCAUCUGCUGCUGCUGCUGCCGCUGCUGCUGCUGCUGCUGCUGCAGCAACAGCAGCAGGAGGAGUUGAGUCCCCAUUGCGGGCGUCCCAGGUUAGUCUGCCUCCGAGCAACAUGAACAGCUCCAGCAGCAUUAGCCGUUUGAGCAGCAGCAGCAACAGCAGCAACAGCAGCAGCGCAACCAGCACCAUCACCUACAGCAGCAACAGCAGCAGCAGCAGCAGCAGCAGCAGCAGCAGCAGCAGCAGCAGCUAUUGCUGGCACAGGUUCUGCCCUGAGGGCACGUAUGAAGCCCCAGGAAACAGCAGAAACAGCCGCAGCCCGCUUGAGGAGUCUGAGGAUUCAUCGGUGGAGUCGGUGAUACUGGGUGACGUGCAGAUGUUGUUUAUGCAGCAUGCAUGGCAGCAGCAGCAGCAGCAGCAGCAGCAGCAGCAGCAAGAGGAGGAGGAUGCACGUGCUGCUGCAGCAGCAAAAGAUACAACAGAUACCAAAGACACCGUAUACACAUGCUCUUCUCUUCUCUCUAUUAAAAUAGAAAUACAGCUCAGCCAGAGAAGGCUGAUGAGCUUGAGAGAGGCUCAGAGUGAAUUCGCUGCAGCAAAGCAGCAGGUAGCAGCAGCAGCAGCAGCAGCAGCAGCAGCAGCAGCAGCAGCAGCAGCAGCAGCAGCAGCAGCAACGCCACAACCACUUCCUGUUGCGUAG